AUGCGUGGUGUCAAGAGCUUUGCCAUGGUGCUAGCUGCAACAUCUAAGGAGGGCAAAGAGGAAGGUAUAGAGCUAAUACAACCACCGGCAGGAUCCAAACCAGGAGAUCGAGUUUACUUUGAAGGCGAAGAAUUUGAAAGUGCCGCCCCUUUGUCCCAGCUUAAUCCUAAGAAGAAAAUAUUCGAGACCAUACAACCUGGUUUUAUUACCCUCGAAUCUCGAGAGGCUGCUUGGGUAAAUCCUGUGUCGAAGAGUGUCCACAAAAUUCGUACUGCUAGAGGAGUCUGCAUUGCUCCAUCACUUGUUGGCGCAUCUCUAUCUUAA